AUGGAUUCCAAGAUGCAUCUUUUGCUCAGCACUUUCCUCCUCUUCCUGAUCGUAGAUGGGUUGCGGGCCAAUAAUGUGAACAUUAAAUUGAAAGUCCUAAAGAGAACGAUGGAGAAAAGCCCUCCCCAAGUGGUGCAAGGCAAUGCAAAAGGCAGCGGUGUAGCAGUGAAGGAGGGAGCAGGUGAACAGCCUUCAAGUAGAAGCCUUGAUGUUUUCUAUGGAACUACCAUGAGCUGGACUUGGUUCCCAGGAUAUCUCCCCAGUGGAGCUGUCUCUCAUUGGAACAGCUAUGCUAAUCGGUGGGAAUAUCCUUGCAUGGUUUCAGACUGUUCUGCUGGCUUCUACAGCCCCAACCACGGUUCUUACUGCUAUUACCCAUAUGGAAACAAAGAAUACUCCACCUCUCAGUUCUGGAUUUUGGUGAAUGGACAUGACUUUGAAUCACUGAGCUGGAAGGGGGGUUCAUGGGGUAGUGUCCCAUCCAACUCCAUCAACACCUGCGCAGGUGUGAGAUUAUAUGUGGGUAAAAAUAAGUAUGGAUUGGGGAAGGUGGACAGUAAAAAUGAAGCCUUCUUCCUUGGUUACAAAGGCAAGGAGUACUGGUAUAAAAACUAUGAUGUCCUGACCAUUAAUAAAGACUAUCGCUCUCAGAGCAUCUCCAAUGUCAGGUACAUGCUAAACCAGGGAUCCUACAGUGAGUCAGGCAUGGUAUUAGCCUCCAGCAAACUCACCAACAAAGAUUGUAGGGCAGUGAAGAAGACCACCACCUUAUCGGGAACAGUGACUUCUGAACAUAGCUGGAAUGUGGGCAUGUCCAUCUCUCAGAGCAUCAGCUUUAGCAUGACGGCAGGGAUACUUGACAUCUUCGGAGGAUCGUGGGGCAUUUCUUCAGAGAAAACCUUCAGCUGGAAUAAGGGUUAUACGUACAGCGAAUCGGUCUCAUAUUCCGAGGCCGUUGAAGUUGAAAUCCCCCCCAACCACACCUGUGAGUUGGUAAUGAAUGGCGUGAGAAUGAGGGGACAGGUUCCCUUCACUGCCAUAGCCACCCGUUAUUACCGCAACGGCAGCAGCCGAAGUGCCACCGUCCAAGGUGUCAGCUACAAUGUAGUUGGGAUAAAGGGAGAUUCACAGGUUGAGCGCUGUGUCCCCAUCCCAAAUGCUCCCCCAUGUAAUACAUAGAUUGGGCUCCCUAAAACGAUUUUCUAGCUCUAUUAGGUUGCAGCAAGAAUCCAGAAGAAGUUAAUUACUCUUGGGCCAUUAGAAGGAUACACUGUCGACUGAGUUUUUUGUCAGCCCUACUUGGUAGACCGGACCUGGAAAUGAACCCCACAGGAAG